AUGUCCACCAUUGUGAUCCAGACGGCAGGAAAUCUGAUGAAGGACAUGGACCAGGACCCUGAGCGUGCCAAAACGAUCAUGAACUUGAUUGCGUUUGAGCCAGCCUCGAACUCCACCGGCUUCUGCUUGGCACUGUACAAAUCCAUGGUAGAUGACAAGCGUGCAGGCCUGUUGCAGACUCAAGUCAUGACGAUGACGCUGGACAAGAUCUGGCGCAUGAAAGCGGACGACAAGAUUCGCAACGUGAUUGGCGCGCUGCAAGUGACGCCGAUGGACUUGUUGACCUUGUCCCCUGAGUGGCGACCUUCGGAUAUGCCUGUGGCCGGGUGCCGCUGGUCCACACGUGCUACCUUCGAAGUCCAGGUGGCACGUAGCCUCUGGACCAACUACGGUCAGGCUGGUGGAACCGCUCUGGAGAACAUGAUCGCCCGUGCCAUCGUGGAGAGGAAGAGCUUGCUCACGGAUGCAACAAAGACACUCCUACGAUUUGCCGCAUCCCAGUGCACCACGGCAGCCUCUGUGGGCGAGGAGUGCAAAAGAGUCGUCCAGCGGUAUCCUUAUACCAUUGUGGAGGAGAUGAAGGAGAAGGCGGACGACUUCUUCUACAUGAAUCGCAUCAGUACGACCACUUGUGCAGAUGCCGUGCUGGCUGCCAAAGUCUGCCAUUUGCAACUUGGGCCUGUGUCCAACAGCCUCGAGACCAGCGGCGCGGAUGCCAAGCAGCUGACCGACUACAUGGUCGAGAUGGCUGAGAUUGUGAAGGCAAGGACGCCAGGCGUGAUGAGGGAAAUUCUUGCAGUGAUGAAGGAUGAUGUGGACCUCACGCAUGAAUCAGCUGACAAGAAGAAGGCAUUGCUCGAGCACUUGUCUGAGCCAUCCCAUUUCAAGAACUUCUGCAAGCUUGCAAAAAUGUUCGAGGUGGAUGGCUGGUCAGGGAUGACCGACACCGGUGUUGACACCGUGGCCUUUGCUAUUGCAGACGGGGCUACUGUCCGGAUCAGGACCAUCCGUGCGGAGGCAGACUUGACACCGCAAACGUUCUCCACGGCGGCGCAAGUCAUCCACAAGCUACAGACAUUAAGCAAGGCCGCGAAGGCAGCAAAGGAGUAUGUGGAGGAAUGCAGCUUCAGUGGGCUGGUGCUGCCAGACAAGAUGAAGGAUGUUACAGUGGCGACGUUGAACAUCGCUUCCAAGCUUCAGGACCGUCCAUUGCUUUGGUGUAAGUCGCUGAUGCAGAAGGGCCAGACUUCGGGGCUGCUGGCUCUUGACGCCAGUGUUCGUGCAAACGUUGGUGCUCCGGCAGAACGGCUUCUGCGCCUAGCGCAGGUUGUGGAGGAUGCCACGAAGCCGACGGACCAGCAGCCGGAUCUCUUCGCGCUCGACAAGUACCAUGACAAGGCGCUGCUGAGCAGCUGCGUCGUGAAUUUCAUUGAGGUUCACGCGGCCAUCUCCGAGGGCGGCGAAUCCUUUGAUCUACAGAAGCUGCGGCAGGUGACGGCAAGCCUGGUCGCGAAGCUGGGCACAACCAUGAUGGACACUGCCCAGGCGAUCAGCGAGCUAAAGACUAAGACCUUGGCUGCUGCAAUCCCUAGGUUGGAGCCUUUGCAGCAAGCGCUGAAGGAUGAAGACAAGAAAGUCGCGCAGACCCUGUGCCAGAAGCUGAACGAGGAGACCCUGACGUUGGAGUGCUCUAAAGGCGUGUGGGUGAAAAUAUGCGAGUAA